UCAUCCUUUCCCACACCACAUGCCGAUGGGCGCAGUGGAUGCUGCACUAAUUACGUGUCGACUUUCCAAGUUGAUGUAGGCAAACCGCAUUAUCCGGAUCACUGGUAUCUCGUAUCGUACAGACUUCAUUUAUUUCUUUUGCUUCUAUCGAAUCCUUUUGGUUGCCUCCAGCUACCAUAGAUUCGAUUCGAUCGUCCCUCUUGUCUUUCAGUUUUCACUCAGUAAUAAAACCUCUACAACAAUCCACCAAAAUGUGCCGACCCGAUGUGAUUUCCAAGGCCAAGGCGCCACCGGCCCUGCAAAAGUCUUCGUCUUCUUUCAUGUCGGUAGAGGGGGCCUUUGCUCAAAAGCCUUCCCUAGGAUUCUGUGCGGCCUAUGGCGCUGUUAUCAUGGCUGUCUUGUAUGCCUUUGAACACUCGCUCCUCUACUUCUUUGACGAGCACAAGGACUUUCAUCCCAUCCUCCAGAAUGCCACCAACCGCGGUAUCCUGGCCAGACACAUUGGUACCGAUGCCUUUUGCUGCUUUGUCUGUGCCACCAUGGGCGCCGCUUGCUUCAUGACGGUCUGUCCCGAACUCGUUCAUGCCGCCACGGGAAAAAUCAAGGGUUACCAAGCCGCCCGAGGAGGAUACGAACUACGACUUUUCACCUACUCGCCCCGAGCGUACCACUUGGCACUUUUCUUCUUUUGGUACCAAGUCAAAAACACCAUUGAUACCAUUCUCUGGAAUGACGGGAUUGUCUUUGUCGCACAUCACGCCAUGACAUUGACUGUGGCGUACGGAACACUCCGACAUUGCGUCUGUCAGGCUUACGCGCCAUUCUUUUUUGGAAUUUCCGAAAUCUCCACGGCCGUGCUCUGUCUCUUGGCCAACUUUGACGAUACCCACGGCGUGCCGGGAUUGGCCGAUGCCUUUCCCGCGGGCAAAGUCGCCUUGGGAGCGGCAUUUGCCGUGGCAUUCAUCGUGUGCCGUGUGUUGCUGUGGUCGUACUGUGGAUACUUUUUUGUCAAUGAUGCCAUGUUGGCACUGAAACACUCGUCGCGAGAAGCCGAAAAACCAUGGGUCAAAGUCUUUUUGGGAUCCUUCUCUGGAUUGUCCUUGUUGCAAGUGAUUUGGUUGGGACAAAUCAUUCUAGUUGGCAAGGAAGAGUUGUAUGACAAAAAUUUCGCGUAAGCGAAACAUAAAGCCAGACGAAAGGAAGCGUCAGCAUACGCAGGAACACCACGAGAGAGUUUUGCAAUACACCCACGUCCAGCACGCUGGAUUUUUAACGCUGCAACAAUGAUACCGACAGCGCAGCAGCGAGUUGCCGUAUACGCAAUCGAAGACCUCACAACACACAUUACCUCUACAUACCAGUAGCAUGGUGUGACCCGAGGCAGCCUCCCCGCCUCCUACCCCAAAGAAAAGCAAAAAUUAAUAUAUUACACGUCAUGGUACAUAAUAAUAAUAGAGAUGUGUUUGCAUGUUUC